AUGGCACCUCACCCGGAUCUGUUGUUCCCUGAACAUGCGGUUCUCGACUUAAGCAUGGGCAGAAAUAGGCAUUCGCUCGCAUUACGAGAACCGUCUACUAGCAUGACUGCGGGAUCCUGGUCCAGCGUGCAUGUAAGCUCAGGAUCCGAUUUCGACGCUUUUAGAAGGCUUUCUUCUCCAGAACACGCAGAAGCGCUCGGUCACAGGCGAGACGAAGAAAUGACAGACGAGGAACAAGAACAGUCUUUACUUCAGCCGUUGAUGAACGCCAGGCUUUAUGGCUCCCGUGCCUCACCAGAGGAAGGGCAGACAACGCAUGCGGACACACUAUCGCUGCGGCAGGUACCAACAUUACGCAACAUACCGAAGACAAAUGUAAGUAUCCCUGAAGUGAAGGCGUCACAACUACACGAAGUGCCACCCAUAAAAGGAACGACCCUCAGUGCGUCGUCAUUUGACAGAGAGCAGGCGAGAAAUUACCAGGCAAGGGCCCAGCGACGGCAGCGUGCGACGCAGGCGUCUUACGCUGACGAUCUUUCGUCCAAAGCCGCCGCCAUUCUUGACAAGGUUUCCAAUUGGUCAAAAUACACAAAACGUGAUUACCAGCGCGUACCGGCCCAUCGUAGCCCAAGACGCACGCCUGUGAGGUCUCGCUCGAAGCGCAAGGAUUUCUCUACCAAGAAGGAGAUUAACAAGUUCGGUGAAUCUGGAAACUUUAUCUUUCAUCGCGGGUUUUCGCUACGGCAAGCGCCGUCCCGAUUGGCGCCGCCGCGGUUUCGAAAUCCGAAGGAGUUUUCCUCUUUUAUGGAAUACUUGCAGAUGGACCGAAUUCCCUAUAGCGAUAUCACGAAUUCAAAUCGCAUCUCUGUGCCCCAAAUUGCGAAACCGGAGUGUGUCCAGUUGCUUCGCGUACAACCUAGACUUACACGUCAUUUCUACCAGGUUAAAAGCACUUCAAAGCGAAUACCUUUAUCGUGCCAGUCUAAUAAUGUAAGGCAUCGAAAUAGCAUCCGCCGUUCAGGGCCAGUGACGAGACGGACUCGCACGAUAAGGCGAACCAAAUCCCUGCCCACAACGAGGCUGGCAUCCAGAAUGAAAAUGGAAAACAAAGAUCUACGUGACGUAUGGAGGCGUUAUUUGAUGGUUGUCGCGCUGCAAAGGAUUCAGUUAAGAUUAAGACUCUUGUCUUCCCCAUCUUUUACCGACUCGGACGUUUCUUCAUCCGGAAAUUCGAUUCAAAGUUCACAUGUACCUGUCCUAGCGCCUUUAUCACUUGAAAAACUAAGUUCGCUAGCAAGUUCCUUUUCGAAGUCGAAGAGAAACGUUUCUCUCAGCUCUCGGUCAACCUCAAAGAAUGCAAGGACAUCAUUUGAUGAAUUGAAUAUGAGCAAAGAACGGGAACUGAAAUUGACGUGA